AUGGACAUACGACUCUCUCAACUAAUAUAYUGGCCUGAGCGGGAUGAACUAUGGAGAACAAUGCCUCAAUGCUUCGAAUUUUCGUUUGGAAAGAAGACAACGGUGAUUAUUGAUUGUUUUGAGGUCUUCAUAGAGAGGCCUACCAACCUGCUGGCAAGAGCCCAGACCUUCAGCUCCUACAAACACCACAACACUGUGAAGGUAUUAAUUGGAAUCACUCCACAAGGCACUAUUUCCUUUGUAUCAAAGGCCUGGGGUGGCAGAACUUCUGAUAAGUUCCUCACCGAAAACUGUGGUAUUUUAAAUAAACUUGUGCCUGRUGAUCUAGUUAUGGCCGACAGGGGAUUUACARUUCAUGAAAGUGUGGCAUUCAAGAGAGCAGAGCUUGUGAUACCAGCUUUUACUAAGGGGAAGAGCCAGCUGGACCCCAUAGAUGUUGAAAACGCCCGAGAAAUUGCAAAUGUCAGAAUUCAUGUGGAGAGG